GCUAAGCGGCAUUAAAGUACGACUUCGACAAGUACUUCGACUUUUCCUUCGUACCUUUGCUUUCCCUUUGCUCUUACUUUCUACGCGUCUGAAAUGGCUGAUCAAAUUGAACUCUCGUCACCUCCAUUUGAUAGCAUCUCGCUCGUACGCUUCUCGCCUACGAAUCCCUCGCAUUUGCUUGUGUCGUCAUGGGAUACUACUGUGAGAUUGUACGACGUCGAUGCAAAUGAACAGAAAUCCAAGUUUGACCACCGAGCAGCCGUCCUAACAUGUUGUUUUGCGGAUGCAAAUCGAGCGUUCAGUGGAGGGUUGGAUACAUCAGUUCGAGAACUUGACUUGACUACCGAAAAAGUCACGCAUUUGGGUCAACACAGCGACUCAAUAUCGGCUUCAAACUACUCCAAAGAUCUCAAUGUACUGAUCACAGGUUCAUGGGAUCGUACACUACGAUUCUGGGACCCCCGAGCAUCAAACCCACAACAAGCUUCCUACGACCUCCCAGAACGAGUAUAUCAGAUGGACCUUGUGAACCAUACGCUUGUCGUCUCCAUGGCCAGCCGACUAUUUAACAUUUAUGAUAUCAGAAAGAUGGAUAGUCCGGCGCAAACGAGGGAGAGCAGCUUGAAGUUUAUGACGAGGGCAUUGGCGUGUAUGACUGACGGACAAGGAUUCGCAACUGGAUCAGUGGAAGGACGGAUAGCUGUCGAGUAUUUCGACCCAAGCCCGGAGGCUCAGGAGAAGAAGUACGCGUUCAAGUGUCAUCGACAGACGAUUGCCGACGUCGAUCACGUCUGGCCAGUCAAUGCUCUCGCUUUCCACCCUGUCUACAACACGUUCGCCUCCGCUGGUUCAGAUGGAACAGUCUCGAUCUGGGACCACAAACUCAAAAAGCGUCUGCGUCAGUAUCCAAAAUACCCGACCGCCAUCCCCUCGAUCGCGUUCAACUGUGAUGGAACUAAGCUAGCUGUAGGAGUAAGUUAUACAUGGGAUGAGGGCGAAGAAGGUGCAAAGAAGGCUGAGAGGCCUGCGGUUUAUGUGAGGAAGGUCGGAGAUGAAGUCAAGCCUAAGGGGUGGACGGGAAGCUAGGUAUGGGAUCUGUACGAUGUACUUUGUAUGUGAGUCUUUUGUGAUAGUCUCUGCGCGUUAUACGAUCUUCUUGGCAGCGUGAGACGGUAUGAUCCCAUUCCGAACAUAGUUCCGCAAACUCCACGGGUCAAGCAUUGAUCUCACGUUGCCACAACGUGGUUUCCAUCUCAUUGUACAGUAUGUUCUUCAUCCCUUAUUACACCGGAUCUCGAGGACUAGCUCGUCAUUCGUUCGAACAGCAGAAUUGCGAAUCUCGCUUCAGCUUAUAGUCCCUCGAGUCGGUCAUUGCCGCAGGCUAUUUAUAGCACACACCCUCACCAUGUGCAUCCUCGCGCUCAAAUUUCGAUUCGGACACUUCUUACGCACUGAAAUGUUAAACACUUCCGUCUCCGCCUUGAUAACAAAUCCCAGCUGUUCUCGCUAUGUAUAAUCUCGACGACCAGUCUACUGCUUCAUCCAAUGUUUGGUUUUCAUC